AUGAUGAAUUGUAGGACAUUCAUAGUUAUGAAGGUGAGAAGGAGGUUUAGAUGUUCGGUGGAGCGGCGAGGUGGAGGUUGUUGUGAGAGGAAAGGUAGAGGUGGAGAUGUUGGGAUGGAGUUGGGUGGUGAUGGGGGAGGGGUGGUAACGGAGUCGGAGGGAGGGGUAGGAUGUAUGAGGGGCGGAAUGGGAGUGGGGAUGGUGGUCUCUGGUGGUGAAUGUUGA